AGACAGCGUGGGUCGCGACCACUUGCCAGCCAGGCGCGGAGCCCGCAUGCGUGACGGGGGGAAAAGUUGGGGGGGGGGGAAGGGGAACGCUUCGCGGAGUGCAGGUCGGUCCUGCGCAUGCGAUGUCAAUAAAACCAAGUGCCAGCGCUUCGCGGAGUCCAGCUGUGGAUGGUGCUUGGAAAAGAUUUUCAAGAAGUCACAACUCUAACCUAAUCGGAUGGAAAUGCAGGAAGUGGGCGCCACCAAGGCGAACGAGGUAAACGUGAGGAAAGUCGGCAUUCUUGGCACAGGCAACUUCGCCUCCGCCAUCGCCCAGCGGCUGGCUUUAGCCGGAUAUGACGUCACCGUGGCCAGCCGCCGCCCGGAGGAUCGCAAGCUGACGCUGCGCAGCGACGUCUGCCUCUCCUCCCUGCAGUCCGCCAUUCACCUAACGUCCGUCUCCGAGUGCCUGGAGCGAUGUCACGUGGUUAUCGUUGCGUUGCACCACGAGCACUUCACGAGCUUCUUUACGCCGGAAGUGGCGCAAAAGGCCGCGGGGAAGAUCCUGGUGGACGUCUCCAACCGCUCAACGCGCGGCGUGCAGCCGUCGAACGCCAAGCUGUUGUCGUCGCUGGUGCCUGGAGCACAUGUGGUGAAGGCCUUCAACACGCUCUCCGCCUACGUCCUCGAAAGCGAGACGGCAGGAGGGUCGCGGAUGGUCUGCGUGGCGGGAGACGAUGCCGAGGCUCGCGUCGUCGUCUGCAGCCUUGCCAGAGACCUGGGCUUCGAGUGCCAGGAGAGCGGAGGACUGGAAAGCGCAUGGCAGCUGGAGGAAUCAGUCCUGACAGUUUUCCCGGAGUGGAGGGUUGCCGCCGUGAUCGCCGGAAUCGUCUUGGCCUUCUGGGCGCUCUUCGCCAUCACACGCGAGCACCUGGUGGGCACUACUAGCUGGAGCCAGUUCCCCGUAAAGACGAUGAACAAAGUUUUUGGCGCCUGCGCGCUGACGGAGCUAGCCUUGACCUACCUGGCCGGCACCUGCGCCGCCUUCCUGCAAAUCUACAACGGCACCAAGCACAAGCGUUUCCCACGCUGGCUAGACGCAUGGCUGAAGGCCCGGAAGCAGCUGGGGUUGCUGGCCUUCGGUCAGGCCGUCGUUCACGCCAUCUUGUCCGCUCUCCUCCUGAGCCCAACUUAUGUCAAGUCCUGGUACGCGCCUGACGCCCUUCGGGUGAUCGUGCCGGUCAACCAGACCGGCGACAUCGUCGUCGAUCUGAGCAAGGCCUGGAUGACGUGGAACAGCGAGCUUUCGUUGCUGGUCGGCGUCCUGGCCAUCGUCCUGAUGGGUAUGCUGGCCGUAACGUCACUGCCUUCCGUCACGCGCAUCAUGAACUGGGCGGAGUGGCGCUUCGUGCAGUCGGGACUCGGCUACGUCAUGCUGACUCUCGCCACCUCGCACCUGUACGCGAUGAGCCUCCACAAGUGGGUCAGGGCGGGGCUGCCAAUCAUCCUUUUCCGCCUCAGCUUCAUGAGCAUCGUCCUUCCAACGACAGUCAUCGCCCUGCGGAUCAUUACCCUCCUUCCUUGCGUCGAUAACUACAUCCAGCGAAUACGUCGAGGCUGGGAGCGAAAGACGCUGUCUUCGUCGUCGGACCCGGCUCACGGGGCUGAAAAUGGUUCCACGUCAAGCAAACAAGCUGCAAGGACCUCCGCCGAGGUGAAAUCUGGAGCAUCCCUUGGAACUGGGCCAACAGUGGUGAGCAACUCCGAGACCGAGGCCCGAAACUCGCAAACUGUCGGCGCUGAAACACUGGUGUAGUUGAGGGAAGUAAAGUCACAUCAGGGCCGCGACAUUUUUGAACAUUUCAAAUAUACUGAUCUUGUCAUUGACCUGCCCUUAUUUCAUUUGUAAUUUUGCGAGACUUUCUCGGUUGCUGUCAGUUCGACUCAACUUCUGUUUGCUGCAGCAUGGCUCCAGGGACAGUGUAUGUCAUGUCUAGAAGGAACUACCAUGCUUUGUACUAAAUUCUGCUAAAAUCAUACUAAUGUUGUCAGGCUACGGACGUAAAGAUGUAUUUUUGCCAUCUUAUCCUUUGCCAAUCACUUAAAGAAAACUUUAAUCUACGUAACACGAGUGAAAUUUCCCUUUAAUGUACGGUCAUUCAGUUCACAUCCAAUGGAUAAGGUUAGACCCUUCAAUGUACGGUCAGAUUAAUUGGAUCAGGCUGGACUAUUAAAUAUAUGGUCACAUCAGUUCCAAAACUACUGAACCAGGCUGCAUCCUUUUCUUCGUUGAAAACGCAUUGAGCAGACAGCAGACUGAAGCUGAAAAAAAUGUUGGAAUUAUCGUCAUUUUGAUGAAAGUUCUUUGACCUUUUUUAUGUGGGUUAGUGGUGUUUUACGGUCUCAUUGUCUCCCCCUAAUUAACACGUCGUUGUAUUUCACUCAUGUACGUUAUUAACGACAUCAAAUGACUGUUGGCAUAAUGGAUAGGAUUACCAAUUCACUCUCGUGCUUUUGCAUUCCAUUUGUCUCUCUGUGCUUAUGUCUGCUGGCCAUGUUUGUCCAUUCGUUUCGUUCAUUUAUUAGCAUACUGAAGCUCAAGCAAUUUAUUCUCAUUCACUCACAUUUAUUUACGCAUACGCUCACUGUAAGUGUUCUCUUUCUCUCACACACACACACAUACACACAGAAACCAUGCGCAUUUGUUCGCUCGUACUUGUUUUAUUUAUUUGAGAGAUAAUUUUUUUUUAUCGAGGUCAAUUCAGAACCACAAUACAAAUAAUAAUAAUAAUGGGAAACUUAUAACACGCAGCAUCACGACCAAGAUAGAUUGCACUGUCUGUGCCAAAUGAGAUAAAUUACUCGUAAAAGGGGAACAUAUUAGUGCCAGUCUAAUAUACCGAGACAGACACAAAACAGAAAUUCUCCUGCAAGUCUUCACGGCUCUCUUUCUUCGAAUUUUUGACUGAUUUUUUUCUGUUUUUGUGGUUUGUCUUUAAAACAAAACAGAACAAUCUUCCUUCUAAGUUUUGUCUAAUAUCUCUGCACUGUGUGUAUUUCAUCAGAACGCUUGCUUUAAUUUUUAGAGUGAGCUGUUAGUAUGUAUCACCGUUUUAUUCAAUACACUCUUUCUGCUUCUGUGCACUUUCAUGCCAAGUUUUACAUUAUUCUUACCUACGAUUUUUCGAUCAAGCUUCUGCUCCUGAAAUGGUUAACAAUAAAGGCAGUUGCAAGUAGAUAAUA